AUGAGAGCGAAUGGUGUCAAGCAGCUGCCGGAGGACUUGUUGAUGCCGAUCCGCCUGGAGAGCGACAGCAUCACGUCAUUCAGUUUGGUAAUCCUGUGGCCACGGGCUGCGGUGGCUUUUGAAAGAUGGCUUGUUGUCCUCAAGCCACUUGGGAACUUUGGCUUCCAGCCGCCCCCUGCGGCAGCCUGCUGCACAGCGAGGGAGGUCUUUGCAGAAAUGGCUGCAGUUCCUCCUCUCGCUGGAUGGAGUAGGUGCGUCCCAGAAGACCAGCAGGGCUGCUGUGGACCCGACUGCUACAAAACCAACAACAAAUACAACAAUGGGCCCUACUUCAUGUUCCUCUUCUGCUUUUCCGUCCCUUUCUGCACCAUCGUUUUCUGCUGCUCACACCGGCAACACCCCCAACAGGCAGCGAAGGCCCAAGCAGAGUCCGCCUCCACCCAGAAGGCAGAGCGGGAGGUGGCUGGCAUGGUGGUGGUCAUGGUGCUGGGCUUCCUGGUGUGCUGGAGGCCUUUUGCCUCAUUUGCCCUUUGGGUGAUCAACAAUCACUGGAAUCCCUUCGACUGGCAACCCCCCCCCCUCAAUAAGCAGGUUGGUUCAUCGUUAUCUCUCAGGCCAAAUGUCAGACCAGUGAUGCCCUCUAAUGGCGGCAAAAUAUACAAAAAGCUCCUUCUUCAGACAGAAAACCUGAUGCGCUUUUGACAACUGCAGACUCCUUUCUUUAUUUCAUUUGGAUUAUUUGGACAGAAUUCCUGUCAUAAAAGGGUCACCAGAUAUAUUGUUGCACCGUUGAUCUGUAAAUAGACUGAAAUGUUCCCAAUUGUAUUAAGUGGUGGAAAACCUGAUUUCCCUCAUCAACAAAUGUUGUUUUUACCCCUUUCAGUUCUGCCUAUGUGUGAUGCAGUGCAUGAGUGAAGGUGGUGAUGAGGAGUCAUUGACAAUCAGUACUGUUACAGUUACUGAAGUUUUGAAUGUCUGAUCUUCUGCGGUGGUUCACUUUGAUGAUGUGUUGAUACUAACAAAUAUCAUUCCAAAUAGAAUUUGGAGCAGAAAAUGUUUUUAAAAAAAGAUAAAUGCCAAUUAUUGUCUUGUGCUAAUAUAUGUCUGUGCAUUACAAGUAAUGUAUGAUAUCUCUGUCUGAUAUUCUGUCCUAAAAUCAUGUUUUUGAUUUAAGACACUAAAAUGUCUAACUUUGGUCGUACAAAACCCAUAUUAGUUAUUAGUCUAUUAACGUGUGCAAGCAAAUGCUUGUAGUAUUUAAUGAAUCUUUGUAAAGAGUUUUACUGUAUUUGUUUUAUAUGAAUUCUCUUGUGACUUUGUGUGCAUGUUAAUAACCUCCAGACCCACAACUUUGCAGCUGCACGAUGAGAGACGAUCAUUGACAAUGUUAGGGAAAAACUGUGGAACUACCUCUUCAGAUACUUUCUGACAAUAAUGGAUGUUCUUGGCUACAUUAUGUGAUACUUAUCCUAGUAAAUAAAAGGUAUAUGCGCCUACA